GUGAGGAGAGGAAACGAGAGGAGGAGGAGGAGGAGAGACCUGACACUAGUUUCUUCCUCACUCUGUCAGGAGGAGGAGGAGAACACACACACACACACACACACACACACACACACACACACACACACACACACACACACACACACACACACACACUUGCCCGUGCCUGUUUGAACGGUGAGAAAUACGCGCAGACACUCCUCUUUUUUCUGAAAGUGAGGCGGAGGUGAGUCCAGGUCUUUACGCAUUGUUCACAGCGGCUCUGUCGGACUUUGUUUUUCAUCCAGGAAGACGAGCAGGGGGCUGACAGUCAUGGACAACACGGGAGAAUUCAAGAGAAGUUAGCGUGAAAUAACCUCUUUGGAAAAACGACGUUACAAAAAGAAGAAGUGUCCGGAGAGGAAAGAGGAACACGAUGGGGAUGGAUUUCAGCACUCUUCGGACCCUCAUCAGCAGAUAUUGUGUUGGUGAGGAGAACUGGGUGGACAGCAGGACGAUUUACAUCGGACACAAAGAGCCUCCUUCAGGAACGGAGGCCUUCAUACAACAAAGAUAUCCCGACAACAGAAUCGUCUCCUCCAAGUACACUUUUUGGAACUUCAUCCCCAAGAAUAUGUUCGAGCAGUUCAGGAGAAUCGCCAACUUCUACUUUCUCAUCAUAUUUCUCAUCCAGUUGAUCAUCGACACUCCCACCAGUCCGAUCACCAGCGGUCUGCCGCUUUUCUUUGUCAUCACAGUCACCGCCAUCAAACAGGGUUACGAGGACUGGUUGAGACACAAAGCAGACAACUCCGUCAACCAGUGUCCCGUCCACGUGGUGCAGCACGGGAAGGUCGUCCGCAAACAAAGCCGCAAGCUCAGGGUCGGAGAUGUGGUGUCGGUCAAAGAAGACGAGACGUUUCCGUGCGACCUCAUCCUCCUCUCGACGUCUCGGGAAGAUGGGACCUGUUUCGUCACUACGGCCAGUCUGGACGGAGAGAGCAGCCACAAGACCUACUAUGCAGUCCAGGACACCAGAGCGUACAACACAGAGAAGGAGGUGGACUCGAUCCACGCGACCAUAGAAUGUGAACAACCACAGCCCGACCUCUACAAAUUUGUGGGAAGAAUCAACAUCUACAUGGACAACGAGCCCGUCGCCAGGCCGUUAGGAUCAGAGAACCUGCUGCUGCGAGGAGCCACACUGAAGAACACAGAGUACAUAUACGCCGUGGCCAUCUACACGGGAAUGGAAACCAAGAUGGCUCUCAACUACCAGUCCAAGUCUCAGAAACGUUCAGCUGUGGAAAAGUCAAUGAACGCCUACCUGGUGGUGUACCUGUGCAUUCUCAUCGGUAAAUCCAUCAUCAACACCAUCAUGAAAUACGUCUGGCAGGCCGACGCCAACAGAGACGAGCCGUGGUACAACCACAGGACGGUGUCAGAGAGAGAGAGACACAUACUGAUCAGGGCGUUCACAGACUUCCUCGCCUUCAUGGUUCUUUUUAACUACAUCAUCCCCGUGUCCAUGUACGUCACCGUGGAGAUGCAGAAGUUCCUGGGCUCUUACUUCAUCAUGUGGGACGACGAGAUGUUCGACGAGGAGCUGGGAGAACGAGCCGUCGUCAACACGUCCGACCUGAACGAGGAGCUCGGACAGGUGGAGUACGUGUUUACAGAUAAAACAGGAACUCUGACGGAGAACAACAUGGAGUUCAUCGAGUGCUGUGUGGACGGACACGUCUACGUACCUAACAUCAUCUGUAACGGACAGGUGAUGACGGGUGCAGGUAUGGACAUGAUCGACACGUCACCGGGUCCUGGAGCCAGGGAGCACGAGGAGCUGUUUUUCCGGGCGUUGUGUUUGUGUCACACGGUGCAGGUGAAAGAGGAGGAGACGGUGGACGGGAUCAAACAAGGUAUCCAUCAGGGGAAGUCCACCUCCUUCUACAUCUCCUCCUCUCCGGACGAGGUGGCGCUGGUGGAGGGCAUGAAGAGACUUGGCUUCACUUUCCUGAGACUGAAGGACAGCCACAUGGAGAUCUUAAACCGAGAAGACGAGAUCGAGAGGUUUGAGCUGCUCGAGGUUUUAACGUUCGACUCGGUCAGGCGGAGGAUGAGCGUCAUUGUCAGAUCGAGCACCGGUGAGCUCUAUCUCUUCUGUAAAGGUGCAGACUCCUCCAUCUUCCCUCGGGUGAUUUCAGGAAAGGUGGAGCAGGUCAAAGCUCGGGUGGAGCACAACGCAGUGGAGGGUCUCAGGACGCUCUGUGUCGCCUAUCGUCCUCUCAGUCCUGAACAGUACCAGGAGGUCUGUGACCUGCUGAACGGGGCCAAACUCGCUCUUCAGGAUCGAGACAGACGACUCGCCGAGGCUUACGACCUGAUCGAGAAAGACCUGAUUCUUCUGGGAGCCACGGCUGUGGAGGACAGGCUCCAGGACAAAGCGGCAGACACCAUCGAGUCUCUGCACAAAGCGGGCAUGAAGGUGUGGGUGCUGACCGGUGACAAGAUGGAGACGGCGGCCGCGACCUGCUACGCCAGCAAGCUGUUCCGCCGCAACACCCAGAUCCUGGAGCUGACGACCAAACGCACCGAGGAGCAGAGCCUCCACGACGUCCUGUUUGACCUGAGCAGGACGGUCCUGAGGCAGCACGGAGGCAUGACCCGGGACACCUUCUCCAGUUUAUCGGGAGACUGCACGGACUACGGUCUGAUCAUCGACGGAGCGACCCUCUCUGCGGUGAUGAGGCCGGCCCAGGAGGACUCGAACUCAGGGAACUACAAAGAGAUCUUCCUGGAAAUCUGCAGAAACUGCAGCGCCGUGCUCUGCUGUCGGAUGGCUCCGCUGCAGAAAGCACAGAUUGUGAAGCUGAUCAAGGCUUCCAAGGAGCACCCGAUCACGCUGGCGAUCGGAGACGGAGCGAACGAUGUCAGCAUGAUCCUCGAGGCGCACGUCGGCAUCGGGAUCAUGGGUAAGGAGGGGCGUCAGGCGGUGAGGAACAGCGACUACGCCAUCCCAAAGUUCAAACACCUCAAGAAGAUCCUGCUCGUCCACGGACAUUAUUACUACAUCCGCAUCUCUGAGCUCGUGCAAUAUUUCUUCUACAAGAACGUCUGUUUCAUCUUCCCCCAGUUCCUCUACCAGUUCUUCUGCGGCUUCUCACAACAGCCGCUGUACGACACGGCGUACUUGACUCUGUACAACAUCAGCUUCACGUCGCUGCCCAUCCUCCUCUACAGCCUCAUCGAGCAGCACAUCAACAUGGACAUCCUGAAGAAGGACCCGUCGCUCUACAGAGAUAUCGCUAAAAACUCUCUGCUGCGGUGGCGCAACUUCAUUUACUGGACCGUCCUCGGCGUUUAUGACGCCGUCGUGAUGUUCUUCGGCGCUUACUUCCUGUUUGACAACACCACCUUCACCAGCAACGGACAGCUAAUGACAACCAACACACAGAUGAUGUUUGGAAACUGGACGUUCGGGACGCUGGUGUUCACCGUGCUCGUCUUCACUGUUACCUUCAAGUUGGCUCUGGAUACUCAUUACUGGACCUGGAUCAACCACUUCGUCAUCUGGGGCUCGCUCAUCUUCUUUGUCAUCUUCUCUCUGCUGUGGGGAGGGAUCAUCUGGCCCUUCCUCAACUACCAGAGGAUGUACUACGUGUUCAUGCAGAUGUUGUCGAGCGGCCCGGCCUGGCUCAGCAUCAUCCUCCUCAUCACAGCCAGUCUGGUGCCAGACGUGGUGAAGAAGGUCAUCUGGAGGGCGCUGUGGCCCACCACCACUGAACGCAUCCAGAACGCUGAUAAACUCUACAAAGGCCAGCUGUCCGAGUUCUCCCCCCUGGCUCAUCUCCACGCUCCCAACAAAGCGGGCGGUCAGCGGCGAGGCUCGGCCGCUCAGAGGAACCCUCGCAGGUCUGAACGCUUAACCAAGAAAAUCAUGUUCACGCGCUGGCAGGAAACGCCAAACUACUGCACCUUCAGCCCCCUCCUCCGAUUCGCUGACGGCACCCUGAACUCGAAGCAGGGGCACGCCUACAGCGGGGCGGGGCCUGACACAUUGGUUUAAUUUAUUCCGUCUUGAUUUUUUUUAUUCUUAAAACUCUGAUAUCAGAAAACGGGUCCCGAGCGGACCAGAACUCGUUUUUAAUUUAUGUUUCUGUGCAACGAAAGUGACCUUCAAACUGUUCCCGAGUCUGCAGCCAAGCGCGGCGCAAAGCAUUAUGGGAAGGACCUCGCUCGCCGCCUCCAAAGGGCUCAGUGUAAUGAUGUCACAACAAACACUUGCACUCGCAGAUCCAUGCACUGGCCCUUUAAAUCCGCCUGAAGUGUUAGGAUUUAAACGACUCGUCCCGUGUUGUGAUCGUGCUGAUGAGUGUGAUGAUGACCAAUCGUGUUCUUUUCUUCAUCCCCGUCAUCUCUCUCUCUCUCUCUCUCUCUCUCCGUCUUUUUUUCCUCUCUUCAGGAAUAACUGGUGUUGCCUGUGUGCAAACAUUUUAUCCCGAAACACGCCCUAACGUCUGCGUCAGAUCCCACGACACUGUAAGGACGAGCGUGGUAGAGCAGGAGAGACAAAGUGUUGGACAUGUGGGGCGCGGUGGGACUUUUUUAACAUUCUUCUUCACAUAUUUUUGGGGUUUUAAGAACUAAAAGAUACAAACGGGUUGAGUGGGGAAUUGCAGGCGUAUCACACAGAGACGCCCUGAGAGCUUCAGGACUCGAGUGCAGGCGGGCGACCAAAUAAAAUCAGUGGGGAAAAAUGGAUUUGAGCAGACAAAGAGCUCUCUCUGUUACUUUGCUCCCUGAUGAGACGGGGGGAACGCAUCCUUCUUGAUUUGACUUUCUGCUUCAGCCAAAAUAAUAAUAAUCUUUAUUUAUAGAGCACAAAGUUACAAAGUGCUUUACAAGGACAGCAAAUAUAAAAACAGACAGGUCAUAGAAUAAUAAACAAUAAAAAUCACUUUAAAAUAUAAAAUCCAUUUUUUAAAAGAACUGUAAAAUAUAAUUCUUUUAAAGGAAUUCUAAAAAGUGAAAAUAGGAAAGGCUCGCCGGAAAAAGUGUGUCUUAAGAAGGGACUUAAAAAAGAUGAGUGAUUCUAAAAGUGACAUUGAUGAACGCUGCGACUCUGAGGCUUGAGCUGAAAAGUUUCAAAUGUUCUGAACUUUUACGCUACAAAAACACCUCAAUGGUUUUGUCUGCGAUGCGUCUCUGUGUGAUCGACCCCUUGCUCUUCUAAAAGUCGUUGUUUUGUCACUCACAGGCGGGGGAUGCUUUUCAAAAAAAAAAAACAAAUCAGACAUUUUCCAGCGCUCAUCAAACCCCACAACCAACACUUUGAGCUUUACUCAUCCAUGUGGAGUGUUAGAUCUGUUUUCCUCUGUGUGCUGAUAUUUCAUGUCCUUCAGUCUUUAAAGCACUUUAACUGUAGACCUUCAUGUUUUAUUUCUUCCUACUGCAGAGACUCGUUUAGCUUUUUAUGACUUCCUGUUUCAGUGGUAGAGUCCAGUAAAAGUAGCUGCUUCCUCCUGUUUGCCUUAAUGUCACCAUGUGAAGCCCCCCGACAGCCCCCCCCCCCCCCCCCCCCACACACAGAUCAGGUACCGAAGAAACUUGAACACCUCUGAAACUACUCACCGAGGUCAGACUACACCGUCUGUUUGUCGGCUUCUUAAAUUCACUCACUUCCUGGUUUCUUCGCUCCUCGCGGUGGAGAGAAUCUGAAGCGCAGAGUGUCUCCACAUUGUGCCUGUCAGCUCGUGUGAUUGUGUUCAAGGAGCCCGCCCGAGAUUCUUCACCUUGAAAAAACCCGCCUUCACAGACGAGCGCUCUGUUCCAACACUUCUCCUCUUCUCUGCUUUUCUUUCUAGCUUUGUCUUCUUCAUUUCUUCUCUUUCUGGAAGUUUUCCUACCUCUGUGUGAGAGAGCGAGAGAGAGAGAGAGAGAGAGAGAGAGAGAGAGAGAGCCGCCUCCAGCCGUCUAACCUCCAUCAUCAUCAUCCUCUCCAUCCAUCAAAGAAACGUCAUCGCUCGUUCUGUUUCCUACUCUGAAUAGGACUUGUAUGAACCAAAGCCUUGUUGCUGCUAGAGAUCCUUUUAGCUGCUUUAACUUUAGGUGCCUUGUGCUAGAUGAUCUGCUUCAUUAAUCACAGCGUUUCAAAGGAUGUCUGGAUGUUUGGCGGAGAAAGAGUCAGGUUCAACUGUCACAGAAAAAAACAGCACUGAGUAAUUCUGAAAAUAUCCACAAACGACGAACAAACUAAUGAGGUGUGCUGAAUAUUUGUUUUUUAUUGUUUCUAUUCCAGAAGUUUUAUACGUGUCCACGAGGACGUCUGUCUCUGAGAUGUUAUUUUUACUGUUUUCUUUUCUCCUCCGUUUCCCCCGCGACUGAGCACACUGGAAAUAAAUCACCCUGAUGUCGAAUUUAUUUUGUAUUUGAAUGGAAAAAAACUUGAAACGCUCGGCUCUGUCCAUGGAUUUCAGAUAUUCUGUGCAUGUUUCUUUUUCUUUUAAACAUCUCUGACGUCUCGCUUUCUACUUCAGUAUUUAUUUUUUAAACGAACAGAGAAGCGGAGGAGAUCUUGGACUGUGGGAGUCUGAUAGAUCCACAGAUUGAAUCGUAUUCUCCGGCUGCAUGCUAAAGGGGAAUUUCACCAAAAAUGCCCGACCUCUUACGGUGUGACGCCGUGCAGAACGGAGCAACUUUCCUCCCGAAUAUGAAGACUUUGUUUGGAGGCCAUUUUUGUUUUAAUUGGACAGGACGUGUGCAGAGAGUCAGGAGACAUCAGGAGGAGAGAGACGGGGAGAUGACUGACAGCAAAGGGCAAAGGUCGGAUUCAAACCCACAGCGUCUCUCUUCAGCCGUCCUGUCCAAUAAAGACUAAACGUCUCCCCUGUUCCAUCACAGGAAUCCACACGACUUGUACUUAUGUUUUACUUUCUAUCGGAGACAGUAUUUAAUGUGUGUCUUAUUUAUUUAGACGAGUAUCUGAACAAGCAGACGGGACACGGCUGACGCGACAGAUCGUCUGAAUUUAAAGUCGAUAAACUGUCCUCGUCUUUCAGCAGACAUCCGAACUGACAGCCUUCAAACUGAACGUUACCGUGUGUUAUGAUUGUAUAGUGUUCAAUAUUUCAAAAUAACCCUCAGUAUGUAAACGUCUGUGUGCACCGAGCUGCAGCAUAUAUAUAUAUGAAUAAACGAUAUAUAUAUACAUGUAGUUAUGUUAAUUGAUGUACAGUUUUGGGGUCUUUUUAUAUACAGUUUUUGACAGAGUCAUAUCAAACUUCUCUUGUGGAUUUUUGCCAACCUUCCUGUAGUCAUCGAUGGCAAACGACUGUACAUUCGCUUGGAAAUAAAAGCCAGAAAUGUAAAUGUAAAGAUGAA